AUGCCGGGGAAGCUUCUCUCAGCAUCGCUCUCGUCUCUUUCAGUGACUUCAGCCAUGGCAUCUGGUGCUGCUGCAGCCCCCUCGACGACGCCCACGCCCACGCCCACCACGGCCAGCAACACCACCACCGCCGGCACAACUACUAAUACCACGACGCCGACCACCACCACAAGCAACAGCAGCACUGGCAGCGGUAAUAUUACUGCACCAACACCUUCCGCAACCACAACCACAACCACCACAACGAGCCAUCUCUCACCACCACCACCACCACCACCACCACCACCACAACUGACAUCCACCACUACAACUACAACUACCACAACAUCACCACCAACAACAACAACAGUGCCCAUCCACCCACCAGCCCCUACACCCACACCCACACCCCCCACUGCUACGUCCAGCACUACACCUCCAAAUCCCCCACAGCCCGCCAUAGCAGCAGCAGCCCUCGCCCGCGAAGCUAUGACGCCAUCCGCCCUCGCGCUCGACCACGCGGCGCACACCCCCCACACCGCCAUCGCCGCGCAGGACCACGACCGGAACAGCAGCAGCAACGGUGGCAGCGGCGGCGGCGGAGUGGUAGCAGGAGGAGCAGGAGGAGCUAGCAUAGUGGACCCGGCCCUGACGGCCGCCACGCCCUCGGAGGAGGACACGGGGCUGAUGCGGCAGCAACUGCAGCAGUUGCAGCAGGUGGUCCAGCAGCACACACAGCACGCUAAGCAGCAGCAGCAGCAGCAGCAGCAGCAGCAGCAGCAGCAGCCGCAGCAUCAAUUACAGCCUGUCGCCGUGGCAGCGGUCGCCGCCGCGGCCGCAAGUGCUGCAGCACCCCCGGCUACGCCGACGCACACACCAAUGUCGCAGCCGCAGACGCCGCUGGAUAGUCCUGCGCCGUCGACGAUUGUGAUGGGUACGGCGAGUGGGCAGACGUGCAGUAAUUGCCGCACUACACGUACACCGCUCUGGCGCCGCGCGCCCGACGGCCAGACAAUCUGCAACGCCUGCGGCCUCUACCUGAAGGCGCGGAACCAGGCCCGCCCCACGAACCUCAAGCGCCCGCCGCACGGCUCCACCGUCGGCAACGUGCAGUCCUCGCUCGGGGCCACCUACGUCGCCGCCGACCACGUCGUCUCCGGGACGUGUCCGGGCGGGGGCAGAUGCAACGGCACGGGAGGGGCAGAGGGCUGCAAUGGCUGCCCGGCGUUCAACAACCGCGUGAGCAAGGCUGCGCAGUUCACGGUCGGCGUGGCAAAUGGGGCAGGAGGAGGGGGAGGGUGUGGAGGAGGGGGAGCCGGAGGUGGAGGAGCUGGUGGAGGUGGUGGUGGCGCUGCAGGUGUCCCGACGGACCCGGCACUGACGAAUGCUCCGUCGCCUUCGCCGGCCCCUCAGCAGCAGCUGCAGCAGCAGGCACCAAUACAACAGCAGCAGCAACAGCAGCAGCAGCAGCAGCAACAGCCGGCCAGGACGGGCUCACCGCCGUCGAAUAAUACAACAGUGGUGGUAGCUUGCCAGAACUGCGGUACAACAAUAACGCCGUUAUGGCGCCGAGACGAAAGCGGUCAUACUAUCUGCAAUGCCUGUGGGCUCUACCACAAGCUCCACGGCGUCCAUCGGCCCGAGGCCAUGAAAAAGAGCAUCAUCAAACGGCGGAAACGGGUAGUGGCCCCUGCAAAUGGAAACUUUGCCUCCAGCCCAGCAGUAGCAGUAGCAGCAGCUCCCGUGCAGCAGGGAGGAGGAGGGGGGGGGGGUUUGGUCGGGAUUGAUAACGCCCAUACGCAACAGCAGCAGCAGCAGCAACAGCAAGCACCGGCUCAAAACACACUUACAGGCCUUAAUAACGGAUCAGACGAUGACACGGAGAUGACGGACUCUGGCGGGAACGCCCCGAGACAACUCCCGCAUCCUGGCCAGCAGCAGCCAAGGCAUUUCCCGCCGCCAAUCGACUUUACAACGAGUUUCCGGAGCCCAGCAGCAGCGGCAGCUGAAGGUGGAGGAGGAGGUGGUGGUGGCGGCGGAGGAGGAGGAGGAGGGACGGCGGGAAACGUUAAUAAUGGAGCUCCCGUCGCCCCCUCCAUGAAUUCUUCCUCCUCUACUCACCACCACAGUCACCAAGACUCCUCAUCAUCGCUGGCCCCAUUAUCUCCCCAUAACAACAACAACAACAACGUCGCAGAUAGCCCACAGCCCCCCCAUAACCAGCGAAAAAGAAGCCUGUCUAUUGCGGAGGCGGAUAACCUUACCUCUGACCAACGACUCCACUCAAUCAACUCCAUCCUCAACCCAAGAAGCCAGUUAAACAUGGGCGACGUGCCAAUCGAACCUAGCCUUCUCGCCCUCGGCGCAGGCACAAUGGCAGAUCUGACGGACGAGCAGAGGAGAGCCAUCCUCCUGCAGCGACGCCACGACUUGGAGCGCGAGAGCAAGCGCAUCAAGGAGGAACUCGAGGGCUGCGAACGAGAGCUCCAGAAGCUCGGAGGCGGAGAGAAGAUGAUCAAUGGCGUCAUCGGCAAUGACGAUAACGCCGGGAAUGCCACGGCGGUGUUGGUGUAA